AUGAACAGUGACCGCAGUGAAAGUGAAUCCCAACCCGGACCAUCUAACGCGAACGCGUCACCACAACCGGUAGGGACAUCACAACCACGGGCGACAGCCAAUCCAUGGAAUUUCCUCAUGCUCAACGCCAUCCGAACGUACGCGACAGCGAACGGAAUUCCAAAUGCGAACGAAGUGCCACGCGAUGAACUAAUCAGCGCACUGCAAGCCAGAGGCGCCACGCCACUCAACAUCAUCCUCGGCUCACCGCCGGACUACCAAACGGGACCCGGUUCGACAGAACUGCUCGCCCGAUCGUUGCUGCGCAGACGCGUAGAUUACCCGCAUCAGUCCCCGAACGAAAGCAUCGAAAUGUACCUGCGACGCCUCGACACCGCCUUUAAACACGACGGAACGCCGAACUUCACGCGAGUCGACUGCCUCAUCGGGCACUCUCAACCGAAAGUAGCGGAAGCAGCACAACUUCUAUAUGAUCAAGGAUUCGAGGACUACGACAUCAUCGCGGAGAAGCUCAAGGCCAGGUUUGGUUUAUCCCCAUUCGAACACUUUACCAGGUUUCAGCAGUUCCGACCGGCGUCCGACGAGCUAUACUCACAGUUCGGUCCACGCCUACGUGACGAGUACCUCCGCUAUCUCGCCCUACCACCCAACGAGGUCGGGCUACAUGAGACCGCCAUCACGCGGGCCCUCAUUGGACAACUCUUGUCCAUCACCACCGGCGGACUUCACGCGCAACUUCACGCGCGGGCGACAGCCGAUCGCUCCCUCACAUGGGACGAAUGCCUGACAAUCGCCGACGAAUAUAGAAGGACGCAUCCGGCGCCACCAAAAUCGGCCGCAUCACCGGCACCGCAAUCACCCGCCAACCGCCCACCCAAGACGACGGCAUCGGGAGUGACGAAAUACUACUGCGACAAUCACCAGCGGUACGUGUUCCACAGCACGGCGGAAUGCACGAUGUCACGCACCAGCUCACGGGCAUCCACGCCGUCCACAACGGCUAACGGACGCCCCCUGCAAAGCUGUUCAUUUCACCCGGGGCGCAUGGUCGCACAUUCAACCGAGGAAUGCCGGAAUAACCCGGCAAACCAG